UUCCUGUUAGAAGGCCUCCUCCAACUAUUCUUAUGUGGAAUAAAAUUUUUGGCGCUUCUCUAGCAGAAAGUUUGCUUCAAUAUAAAAAUGAUGGACAAUGUUUUUAUAAAUGCAUUUAUACAGAUAAUCGUUCUCUAGAACAAACAGCUUCAAUAUUAGUUUUCCAUAUUCGUGAUAAUCUUGAUAAAAUGCCAGAACAUCGAACACCUCAACAACUUUACACAUUUUUUAUUCUUGAAUCUCCGCCGCAUACUUGGGGACUAGGAAGGGCAGUUCCUCCCGACUUUUUUAAUAUUUCAAUGACUUAUAGAGCAGAUAGUGAUGUAUAUUAUCCUUAUGAUAUGUUUGAAGAAUAUACUAAAAAAGAUUUGAAAGGUGGAUUAGUUACCUAUGAGCAGAUUUGGACUGAGAAUGAGAUUGAUAAGAAAAUAAAAGCAAAGGAUAAACUUGCUUUACAAAUUGUUUCAAAUUGCAAUACAAAAUCGCUUCGUGAAAAAUAUGUUAAUAAAUUGAAAGAUUUAAUACAAAUAACUCAAAUUGGUACUUGUUCUGAUGGAAUACUAGCAAUCCUGAAGAAUUGGCGAGAUUGUGCAGAUAAAUUAAUUGAUUCUCAUCAUUUUUAUUUUGCCUUUGAAAAUUCUGUUUGUGUUAAUUAUGUAACAGAAAAAUUUUGGAGACUUAAAAGCUUAAUUGUGCCUGUAGUUUUGUCAAGGAAAAUAUUUGAAGGAUUAAAUAUUCCAAAUGAUUCAUUUAUUGCAGCAGAUGAUUUUAAAAGUCCAAAAGAUUUGGCAUCUUUUCUAGAAAAAUUAGCAGCAGACAAAAAACGAUAUAAAAGUUAUUUUCGUUGGACAAAAAAAUAUAAAAAAACAAAGAAUACAAACAAUAUUUCCAAUCCACUUUGUAAUCUUUGUAAAAUGGCACAUAUAAAUAAUAAAGAAUUAAAAAUAAAAAAUAUUUAUGAUUUUUGGAAUGGAGGGGGGAAAUGUCAGCAAGGAUUUGCUUUAAAUGUUUUGCUCGCUAGUGAACAUGAAGCUUCCGGCGGGAACGUGGGUCUUAUCAUUAGCAUUGUCAUUGUCGUUGUAGUCCUGCUUGCUGUAGUUGGUGGCCUUGUCUGGUUCUUCGUGCUCCGAAGAAAAGGUGAAGAAGCUAAAGGAAUGGAAAUGGGAAUGACCGGUGCUAGAGGUAUGAAGACGAACAAAGUUGGAGCGACUCAAGCAAAGAUCGGCGGAAUGACUACUGUUGGAGGAAUGCAAGCCAAAACAGGUGGAGCGACAACUGCUGGACGAGCUACCUCAAAAGCUGCUGGAACAACGAAGGGAGGAGCGACAUCGAAGGCUGGAGGGGCAACGUCGACGGAGUAUAAGAAUGUAAGAUAAGAGAAGAUGACAUAACCUCACACUUUUCCCUCUUAUCAAAGCUGGACAUAUACAUACUUUAAAGUGAAAAAUUAUAACAGGGUAUUAAUGAUUCAAACGUGGGUUGGACAUAACCGGUCAUUAAUCGGUACACCCGGUUUUCGAUUCCGGUUUAUGACUGCUCCUAGAGUUUUGGUGAACUAAGACUGGGUUUUUGACUAAAUUUUUUACAACUAUUUUUUGAAAAAGGGUUGGCCGUAACUUUUGUGGAGUAUUGUAUUUAAUCCAUUCAAGCCAUCUUUUUUCCUCACGCCUACCAUCUUUAAUUUCUCAUUUGUUUCACCGGUCAGUAGGGGUAUAUAGCAGGCCUCUGAAAAACUCGAGACCAAGACUUCACCCCAUGAACAA